CAAACAAAGAACUGAGAAGUGAAUUGAGGAAGAAAGUCAGAGAGCCUGACAAACAAAGCAAAUCACCGAACACAAGAAGGUCGCUCAGAGCCUCGGUCACAAAAUGGACAGUUCAUAAAAAAAAACCCUGGGACCUCAGCACUAAGAGACACAAGGAAUCCUUACCUUGGUGCAUUUCCAGGUCAGCGUAUUCAUCAAACCAAGAAGGUUCUUCUCGCUCACACCGGCUUCUAAACAUGGCGAUGUCACCACAAGUAUUCCAGGAGUUGGAAACCGUUACCUGCCUCUUGAGUGGCACGUCCUAUCUCGCCUCACGUUUAGGAAGGGUGAGCUUGGCUGCUCUCUUCUUCGUUCGUUUCGGUAUUCUGGCUGUUGGAGGCCGGUCAAUAUGGAUGGAGGAAGAAAAAAAUUUCAUGUGCAACUCCACACAACUGCUGUGCACCCCAAGCUGCUUCGAUGAGUUUUCUCCCAUCUCUUCAUUUAACUUGUUCGCCCUUCAGCUUGUGGUGCUAGUUACUCACGCCCUGUCCGUGACCUGUUGGAACCGUUCCACCUCCCAAGCGAAAGAGACACGGCUACAGGCUCACCUCAGCCGAAGAAACGUUCAAAUCACGCUGCACAUCCUUUGCCUCCUGAGCAGGAUUCUCAUCGAAGGGGUGUUUGUUUUUACAUUUUAUAAGGUGUCCGGAGGCUUUGUGCACCCGGCUGUCACUCAUUGUCGAAGUCACUUGUGUGAGAGAUUUGUCGUGUGUACAGAUUUGAACGCAUUCACUAAAAACGUCUUUAGUUUAGGCUUAUGCGCAGCAUCUGUGCUCAGUAUCAUUAUAUGCUGUAGUGAGCUCAUUAUCACUUCCCUACCCAGGCAGAGAGCAAAGUAAUUCAACAACA